GAAAGAGAAAGAAAGAAAGGAGAAGGAGAGAGGCGGAGUGUGUAGGAGGAUGAGGAAAAAGCGAUGAAGCAGCAGGUCGGAUGGAAGGAGGACGGACAGGUCGGGGCCGUACGGAAACGGAGCGAGAAACAGAAUAAUUACCGAGACUUUGCUGGUUAACUAAUUAAGGGUAGCCAAUUAAAAAGUUCUCUCUCGCCCGCAGCCUCGCAAACAUUGACGUAGAGGCGGGAGACAUGGUAAAAUCGCUUUGAUGGUUUUACCCCCGGAAACUGGGUGGGUGCCAGGUGAAAAAUUUAAGUUUAUUCUUUCCACUGGGCCAUUAUUGCCAGGGUAUCGUGGGGUCAUUUGCGAGCAUUCAAGGCCCCGAAACAAAGACUAUUACAAUCGGAAGAAUGUCGUCGAGCUUGUUCAAACGAUAAGUCAAAGAAGGGGAGAUGAGAUAGAAAGAGAAACAGUGUGAGAAGCAGAGAAACAGAAAGAAAGAGACGAAAUAAAAGUGGUGAGAGAGGAAAAGGUAUGGUGCGUACCGACGAUUCAAAUGUGUGAACAAGCAUGCAAGGGUCGGCUAAUGGGUUAAACCAACAAGUGAGCAUUAUUACACGUGUCCCCUACGUGCAUCCACCGGCUCCGGUGUUAAUAAAAUAUUCUCUUUGAUUUUAAUCGUUCACGUGUACCUGCGUAUUAUGCGUCGAGCAAACAGAGAAUAUUGCCCGUUUAUUCAUUAUGUCUGGCAUAGAAAGAAAGCUCGAUUAACCUGGCUUAAGCAAAUGGUCUUUUAACGUAUGUGAACUAAAUGAAAUAAACAGGAGUUUAUAAGCGACGGAGAAAA